CGGAGGUGGACGUGUUGCCCUUCAAAUUCUGCAGGUCUCUGCGCGCCAGCGCCCGCCGGGAGCACAGCUUCCCGGCUCACUCCUUGGCAGCGCCCAGCAGGCUCAGGCGGGCACCGGAGCGUCCUUGAAGAAGCCUCGUUUCAGCUGAGACCUGACAGCUGUAGGGAGGGCCAAGCAAGAGCGCGUACGAGGUCUCUGAGGCAGAAGAACAGGGAAUUUGGAAACUGAAAGAGUGGCCGACAAAACGGGGAAGAGAGGGGCUGCAGAGGACUUCACCAUGACCCUCUACCUGCGGCAUUACUGGAAGGAUGAGCGGCUGGUCUUCCCCAGCACCAGCAACAAAAGCAUGACCUUCGACGGCCGGCUGGUGAAGAAGAUCUGGGUCCCCGACGUUUUCUUCGUUCACUCCAAAAGGUCCUUCAUCCACGACACCACCACGGACAACAUCAUGCUGAGGGUGUUCCCGGAUGGGCAGGUGCUGUACAGCCUGAGGAUUACAGUCACUGCCAUGUGCAACAUGGAUUUCAGCCACUUUCCCCUGGACUCCCAGACCUGUUCUUUGGAGCUGGAAAGCUAUGCAUAUACAGAUGAAGAUCUGAUGCUGUACUGGAAGAAUGGGGACGAAUCCCUGAAAACAGAUGAGAAGAUCUCCCUGUCUCAGUUUCUGAUUCAGAAAUUCCACACCACUUCCAGACUGGCCUUCUACAGCAGCACUGGCUGGUACAACCGUCUCUACAUUAACUUCACGUUGCGGCGCCACAUCUUCUUCUUCUUGCUGCAAACCUACUUUCCCGCCACCCUGAUGGUCAUGCUGUCCUGGGUGUCCUUCUGGAUCGACCGCAGAGCUGUGCCCGCCAGAGUUUCACUGGUGGCUGAACUAAAGCUGGAUGCUGCAGGGAUCACCACGGUGCUGACCAUGUCCACCAUCAUCACGGGGGUGAACGCCUCCAUGCCCCGCGUGUCCUACGUCAAGGCCGUGGACAUCUACCUCUGGGUCAGCUUCGUGUUCGUGUUCCUCUCGGUGCUGGAGUACGCGGCCGUCAACUACCUGACCACCAUGCAGGAGCGGAGAGAGCGGAAGCUGCAGGAGAAGUUCCCAUGCAUGUGUGGAAUGCUCCACUCAAGAACCAUGAUGCUGGGUGGAAGCUACAGUGAGUCUGAGGCCAACAGCCUGGCCGGGUACCCGAGAAGCCAUAUUCUGACAGAAGAAGAAAGGCAAGACAAAAUCGUGGUCCACCUGGCCCUGAGCAGUGAAUCCAACUCCUCCAAGAAGAAGGGGCUUCUGAAGGGCCAGGUGGGUCUUCGCAUCUUCCAGAACACCCACGCCAUCGACAAAUACUCCCGGUUGAUAUUCCCAGCUUCCUACAUAUUUUUCAACUUAAUUUAUUGGUCAGUGUUUGCCUAGGGGCUCUGAGGCUAUGCCUGGGGAAGGGCACGGACAUCUCUGGUGUCUGGCCGGCCGCCCACACGUGGACCUGCUGAGCGUGACCCCCUCACAGACAGAGCAGCAGCCCCUGGACCACCGCGAGCAGCAUCCUGGCUCCCGGAGGAGCCCAGGAGCCCUCCAGCUGCCCUCCCCCAGGUCUCAUGGGCUUGCUCAUCGUGGGCUUGCUGUGUUGUGUCCCAUUUCUUGCCGCUCUGGGACUGUCUUCUUCUGUUCUCGUGUGUGAACAGGUUCAUGAGAGCCUCCCUCCAAUAAAAAAAGAC